CAGACUGCAGCAUGCUGUUGGCGGAUCCAGAACUACAGCUGGGGCAGACCAACUGGGGGUCCCACGCAAUUCCCUGGACUAGCACAAUCACCAGUGGGAGGGAAGGCAGGUUCCUCUUCAUUUCCCUUCUCUUCUUCAUCUUCGUACCUCAAGGGACAUCCUGGCCCCACAAUUACAGGUAUUUGUACAACGACUGCCCCGGUCCUGAGUGGAACGCUAUGUGUUCGGGCUGUUGUGAGUAUGAUGUGAUCCGCUGCAAAUGCCCCCUGCAGGGGACUUCAGUGGGCUAUUCUGUGCCCUGCUGCCGCAACGCCAUCAACGAGUGUGACCCCUGCAUCAUCCAUCCAGGUUGCAGCAUAUUUGAGAACUGUAAGCGGUGCAACAAUGGAACGUGGGGUCCCAGGGAUGACUUCUUCGUCAGGGGCCAAUUCUGUGCUGAGUGUCGUCCUGGAUGGUCUGGUGGAGAUUGCAUGAAGUGCGGUGGGGUGAUCCAUAAACGACAGGGCCACAUGGUGCUGGAGAGCUACUCAAACAAUGCUCGCUGUGAGUGGACAAUACAGGUGGACCGGCCUUUUACGAUCGAACUCAGGUUUAUGAUGCUGAGUUUGGAAGCACAUCCCACAUGUCGCUAUGACUACGUGGAGGUCAGAGAUGGCGACAGCAUCAACUCUCGUGUCGUGGCUCGGUUAUGUGGCAACAACAGACCUGCUCCCAUUCAGAGUUCUGGAAACAGUCUACACAUUCUUUUUGAGUCGGACGGCUACAAGAACUUCGAUGGCUUCUUCGCCACGUUCCAGGAGAGCUCAGCCUGCAGCUCCUCUCCUUGCCUACAUGAUGGAACUUGUAUCCUAGACAGCUCUUUCGCGUAUCGCUGUGCCUGUCUGGCUGGCUAUGCAGGAAAGAGGUGCGAAAAUGUGGUAGGAUGCCAUAGGCCACCUGUGCCUACCCACGGAUCCACACAGGGAGUGUUUCAUCACUCAGGGGCGCGCGUCACUUUCCAGUGUGAUUCAGGCUUUGAGUUGCGGGGGUUUUCUACUGCCAUCUGCUUGACUGAUGGCACCUGGAGUGCGCCUUCCCCGCAAUGUGUUCCAGUGGAAAGGGUCUGUGUUCUACCACCAAAGCCAGCACACGGGGACCACUUCUUGGUUUAUGGGCCCAAUGAUGUUUUAAUCGCUCUUCAGUACCUUUGCCACCAGCCUUAUGAACUCACUGGAGUCUCUCAGAGAACCUGCCUAUCUAACAAUUCCUGGAGUGGAAGUCCACCUGAUUGUAGGAGAGUGAAUAACACACUCACACAAGCUGGAAAAGAAAGGGAAGAAGCUGGAGGGGAGACAGGAAAAAGAGAAGACAAAGAAAUACAUGGUGAUAAAAAUGUCAGCAAAGACACAAAAAGCGUUGAAAAAGAAAGUGAUCUCAGGAAUACAACGAGAGAAGACAAAAACACUGGUGUUCGUCCCGAGAAAACUGGGUCUGAGGAAAAAAAUAACGGUCGGGAUAAAACGACGAGCAGCGGUGAAGACCAAGAAGACAAAGAACCUGAAAUAGUAAAACCUGGGAAGAGAGAAGACAGCCAUUCCCCAAAGUUGGAGACAGAUAUCACUGAGAUAGAGGUGAUAAAAGACAAAGGGCAGGAAGAGAAGGAAAGAAAAGAGGAGCAAGUGAAUGGAAAGAAAAACUCAGGGAAGGUCGGACCAAACGACACGAAGCUGAGGACGGUCGUCUCGGAGGAAAUGAACACAGUCAACAUAUUGGAACAGGGAACGGCGAAGAACGACACAGUCAAGGACGAUAUCAAUGACAUCAAGAAAAAAAGCAAUAACACGACAGGUUUUCCAGAGAGGAAAAUCCUUCCCUCGCAAGUCAAUAUUACACAGUAUACUUUGUAUAGGUCAGGGGGGGAGGAAGGUGGAAAACCAAAAGAAAAAACAACCAUCGGAGAAGGCAAAGCAGAGACAAGUCCUACUGAAACACCAAAAGAGGAACCUGAUAUGGAUGGGGAAGAGGAAGAGCGAUGGAAGGACAUCAACCAAAGUUUCACUGAGAGGAUGUGCCCUCCUCCCCCUCGCCUCUAUCACGGCUAUCACAGAUCGGUGCCAGGGACCAAGCCUGAGACAGUAGAGUUCUUCUGUAAUCACUCCUACGCUCUGAGUGGAGACUUCCAAUGGAGCUGCCAGCCAAAUGGUACCUGGAGCGGCAAACAGCCUCUCUGUGUUCGAGCUUGUCGGGAACCCAAAGUUUCAGAAUUGGUCCGACAAAGAAUUCACCCACCUCAAGCACCAUUCAGAAAGACACCAGUACACAAGCUGUACUCCUCUGCAUUGGGCCGACGGGUCCAGUCAGAGGGUCCCACGAAAAGCCCACCAAUACUCUCCCAACUGGCUCAAGGCUUCCAUCACCUCUACACUCAUAUAGAGUAUGACUGUGUGUCUCCUUUCUACCAACACAAUGGCAGCCCUCGGCGGACAUGCCUGAAAACAGGCAAAUGGAGUGGGCGUCAUGUCUCAUGUUCACCAGUGUGUGGGAAGCAUCCAACCUUUGAUCCCGAGAGGCCGGGAGAGGCUCACUGGCCUUGGCUGGCAGCCAUCUACCGCCGCACUACCAAUGGCGCAGGGACCAAGGUGACCAAGGCAGACAGCCACUCGGGGUCUGUGAAGAAGGAUGGUGGCGCAAAAUCUGGCAACCAUAUUCGUGAUUCUGACUGGCAGCUGGUGUGCAGUGGGGCUCUGGUUAACCAAAGGAGUGUUGUAGUCGCAGCCCACUGUGUGACAGACCUGGGGAAGGUUUACCCUCUGGAUGCAGCCAAAAUCAAGGUGGUGGUUGGGAAACACUAUCGUGAUGAUCACAGAGAGAGUAAAGGUUUCCAACAUCUGAGGGUUGCCUCCAUCAGCGUUCACCCCAACUAUGACCCCCAUAUUCUUGACUCAGACAUAGCUAUCAUCAAGUUAAUGGACAAAGCAAAGGUUGGAGAGAAAGUGUUGCCCCUCUGUCUAUCAGACAGUCAGGGUGAGGGGGAGAUCUCCGGACAAGGGCUUGUCACCGGCUGGUCUCCACUUCCUGACUCAGAUUUAAAUACUGAUGAGAAAGCAAGAGUCGGACUUGUCCAACUCGCUGACAUUGUCCCAUGCGAGCAGCAAUAUGCCCGAAAUGGUGUGCCAAUCAGUGUUACAGACAACAUGUUGUGUGCAAGCCAGAAGCCUGACUAUGGACCCUCUAACAUAUGUCCCUCUGACACUGGGGGGAUUCUUGUCCUUCCUGCUUACACUGACAACAACCAGAAUCCCUUUGUUGGCAGCAAUCAUGUUGGGAACAAAGGAUUUUGGAGACUUCUGGGACUUGUGAGCUUUGGCUAUGACCAAGGAGAGUGUGAUCCUGACCUCUAUACGGUCUACACACAUGUAGCAAACUUCAAAGUCUGGAUCGAGAGUCAUAUGAAAUAGAAAUCGUAACAUGUGACUCAUAAUAUUUAAAUGCACAUGCUUAUUUCUGUUCCUUUUUGUUUGUUUGUUCAAUCUGGUCACCCAGCAGUCUCAUUUUUGUAGUGUUUUGCACAAACGCAACACUGGACAACACUGUGCUUUAAGUCAGGGGCGUCAAACAUAUUUUCAUGAUACUGAUCAGUCCCUUCAGGAUUUUGUAAUGUUGCGAUGGCGACAAUUCACGCAAAUUCAACUAAUCCCUGCGAAUAACGCGUGGCUUUGCAAAUGUUGCACAAUCCCCGCGAAUACAAUGCACAUUUUGGCCUCGCAUAGGCAUAUUUGCCAAUCGGAUUUGUCCCAGCAGCACUCAAACGCAACACAACAUCAAAUGUCUGCCUGCAUCACCAGGGGCGACUUUGCCGCAACUUUUUGAAAAUGCUGCAGUGAAACCAUGCUUUUUUAGGUCUUAACGAUCACAAAAAACCCUGCAAAAUCCUGGAGGGACUGAUUAUUACAACCUAAUGGAAAGAUUGUGAAUUAUAGACAAAAUUCUCCAAAAAUCACAGUUCCCCUUUAAGAACUACAUUAGUAUUGCAUUGAAACAAAUAUCUCUCUAAAUUUAAAAACAUACGUACAAGAAAGAUGAAAUGCCUUAUUGACGUACAUUAUUUCCAGGCUUAUGAAAUUAAAUUAUGUGGCAAGCCAGAUGUGGCCCUCGGGCCUUGAGUUUGACCCGUGUGCUUUAAAGGGGAACUGCACUUUUUUUGGAAUUUAGCCCAUCGUUCACAAUCAUUAUGAAAGACAUGACGAUGGAUGUUAUUUUUUAUUGUUUUUGCAUUCUAAAUAUUAAAUAAAUGCGGUCAAAAGUUCGCUCACAAUGGAGCCUAUUAAGCCCUUAAAAACAACUGCAUUGAGGUUUUAUAUACAUGAUGUAACUACUGUAUACAUGUAAUGUAGGAAUGGGUACAUUUAUAGUAACAUUUAAUAUUUGCAUAUUUUGAUAAUUUUAAGCAUCAAAACGUGUUGUUUUUUCCCUUCAUCACUGAUUUUUACUCACUGGAGACUUUAUGAGAGCCAACAAACAUAAUGAAACAUCACUUACUGUACAAUGUCUGCUGUCAUUAGGAUGCUGACUGCUGGGACGUUCAUAUAUUCCUAUUUAAAUGAAGGAUGACCAUACGCCUCAUGAAGAAACAGGGCGGGGAACCACGCACGUCUUUUUGUGUCUUUCUCGCCAGUUCCAGGCCCUAAAUGGCUGUCAAAGUGUACGAACUUGUCGGAUUACCUCCUCAGACUUCUUCUGUCCAGGUGAGAGGCAUGAUUUAUGAUAUACCAUAAACUUCCAGGGAGCAAAGAAGCGAGAAAGCAGCAGACCACUCGAUGAUGUAAACAUAGGGACACGCGACUAUAAAUAGUUUGUCUGCGUUAGCGCUUAUAAUAACAAUAUCACUAAUACUUGGUCACAGGUCACAAAACGCAAAUGGAGUAUUGUUGGCACUUCAAUAUUUAGAAUGCAUUUUAAAAAAAUCCAUCCAAUAGGCAAAAUUCCAAAAGAAAAAGUGCAGUUCCCCUUUAAGUGAAGAGAUCAGUCUUGAAAAAACAACCACCCAUGAGUGCGUCUUCAGGUGAGGAACUAAUGUACUGUAUUUACUAUUUACAGUAUAUUGUAAUGUACUGAUUUUUCUGUAUGACAAUGAUCUUGAUGUAAAUAUUGUAUUGAAAAAGACUGGAAAAACUGG